AUGAAUUGGGUUCAGUAUAAUCAUCAGAAACAAUUACACGCAGAUCGUUUCAGCAGGCAACGAAAGUAUAUUGUGGAGAUUUAUAAUGCGUAUCAUGAAUCGAGCAAUCAGAGAGUAAAGAACGAAAGAAAAAAUAUUUCAAUAAUGGAAGCUGAAGCAGAAGUUUUCGAACUUUUUGAAAAAUGGAAGAAAAAUUUUUAA